AUGGAUGCCGCUGUAACUAAGUCAAACCUUGUUCGAUUGAAGAGUUUUGGUUUUUCGUCGACAAUGAUUCGUUUUAGAAAUGUCCGUGAAUUAACACGUCUGUUUGUUAUAGUUUGUAUUAUGAUAAGUCAGUCGAUAGCAGAAGAACAAGAGUAUACCGAGGAGUUUUAUAAGCGAGAGUACUCUCUGGCAAAGCCAUACCGGGGUAAGUUUCUGUCAACUAAUUCCCAGGCUAAGGGGAGCAAAUGAGCUAACAUGUCAGGAGUGAACAUUAACCCUUCUUAUAGUUCCACCAGAUUAAGUCCUGGCCGUGAACAGUCGGUGCUGUAACGUAUUUAACUCUUUACAACAAUUAAGAGUGUAAGCGUAAGUAAUGGGAAAUCUGCACCUUAGGCGUUUAUGGUCACACUUCUGAGCUAAUGUCACAAUACAGGAAACGAUUGGGACUGUUAUCGGAAAUUGACGAUUUGCAUUGAAACUAAAUGAUCAAUUUCAAAAUAAAGCUUUCAUGUGAAGUAAUUUAAACCCCCCAAAUUUAACAGUGACAGACAGAAUGAGGACAGUGGGUCUCAUUCAUGAAACGUGACAGCACAAUGAAAUUUACAGGCAACCUGUCAAUUCAUCAAUAUUUUAGUUUAAAUUUGUUCAUUCAAUAAAUCUACACCUGCUCCUGACAGCUGUUAGUGUUUGUGUAAGUGAAGAAAACGCAGAGAUAUUGCUGUUUUAAUUAAUACUGUGAUCUGUUAAGUUUACAAUAGGCGAAUAUCUUUGAAACACGUCAUUUCAACAUGAUCAAGAUAACCAAUAUGUAACGGACUUGGCUAAAGUAUUUGGCAAUAAGCAGAUUUAAGCAUCAGAUAAUGUUAAAAAUUCGUAUUGGGUUGUUUUCUAUGUGUUCAAUUAAUAAUCAGAAUAUUGAUUGCUCAAUACUGUUGCUGUGUGUUCUGCGCUGUUUUGUUGUCACUCAGCACAACAGCACGGGGGACUCUUGUUUGGAGUAUGGAGCGGUCAGAGAUGGCUGGUCCAUCAGUAAGAAUAGACCCUGUUUAUGUGCUUGCAUGUUUACGGAGGCCCCAGGUGCGAGAUCAAGAAGAAAAGCCAUGCGCAGAUGUCAUGAUCAUACAUUCACUGUUGGAGCACGGAUUGUUAUCCAUACUCACGGAUUUACAUGAAGGCACAGUUAUAUUUUUCCAGCAUACAUAAAGGAGGAUUACCCUGCACAGCACAGAUCUCAAUGUUGGUGUCAGGAAAAACAGUUCCUAAAAAGGAGAUAAUUCCACUGCACACAAUGUAGUCAGAAUGUAAACUUUAUUGGUCAAAAGUGCAAAGCGUUAUUUUUUCUCUCUACCUUAGUAGGCCUACCUCGGGAAUCCAUACAUGUGUUCUAAUCUAGAGGUCUAACCUAUCCAUAAGAGACAGGGUUACCCACUGAAGCCAAGGCUGACCCACCACUCACAGCAGGAGCUGCCUUUUAUGACACCCAAUAUGGGCUCAGAGUGUUGGAGCUCACCAACCUCAUGCCAGUCGGCGUCAAUGACCGUUCAAUUGACAACCUUUAUGAUCCACAUCACCACUGAGAUGUUAGAGGACAUUAGGGGAACCUUUUUUUUUAUUUUUCAGCAGUGCUAAACAUUUUUAGCACUGCUGAUGUAAAGAUAAUAGUUUAGACAAUAACAAAUCUGUAAAGUCAUGUUAUUCACAGACAGAUAGUAGCUUGAAUGUUUACAGCUUUAGCUUACAUAUGUUACUCUUUUGCAGGGUUGGGCUUCGGCAGUUCUUCACAAUGGGACCUUAUGGGCACUGCUGUGGUUACACCUGAUCACGUGAGGCUGACCCCAGAUCAGCAGAGCAGACAGGGAGCAGUAUGGAGUCGAAUUGUAAGUCUGCAGAAAGUUAGAAAUGAAAUGAUAUUCUGCUGUUAGAUAUGAUUCAGACUUCUUUAGAUUGGCUGAAACUAUUUAGUACAAAACUUAAGUUCAUUUGAAAAAGAAUCACCUGUUUAACAUAUCUUCUGUUGCUUCUUAGCCGUUAUCCUUGCGGGAUUGGGAGCUCAAGGUGCACUUUAAAAUUCACGGUCAGGGAAAGAAGAAUUUGAAUGGGGAUGGUCUGGCCAUUUGGCUCACCAAAGAUCGCAUGCUGAAUGGUAGGUAGAGUCUGACUAACUCCAAAGACUGUUUUGUCUGUGUCACCUGAACAAGAUGCUUUGAAUCACUGUCACAGAGAGAUUUUUCUCUUCCCAUCGUUGCUUCAGAGAGACUCUGCUCUUCUGGCAUGCCCAUUUUUUUAUAGACAGUCAUGUGACUGUGCUGUUGCAAAUCAGCCUCAGUAGUUUGGGGAUGUUCCUCUGGAUGUUUUGUUUGGCACAACACAACUUUUCUGGUGCUUUUUUGUCCCUGUCCUGACUCUUUCGAAAUGUGUUGCUGCCAUCAGAUUAAAAAUGUUUUUUUCUAUCAAAAAAUACAGUUUUUAGGUUUUAACAUUUGUUUUGUUUUGUUUUCUUUAAAUUAGGCUUGUUAGUGCCCGAUAUGUAACAGUGACCUGAAAUGUAAUGAUUUGUCAAUAAUGUAGCAAAAGUGUUGAGCCAGAAAUGUAAUUGAAAAAAUAUAAGAAACCCAUAUGUAAUAGGUGAUCCAAAGUUGCUAUGGUUUGGGUAAGAAGUUAUUAUGUUUUAGGCUCAGUGUCUAGUUACAUUAUUGACCAGUUAUUUUAUUCAGAGUUUUACUACAUUUCAGGUCAUUUUUACAUAUUGGGUUUUAACAAGGCUUUAAAUUAAAAACAAAAAAUCACAAAAUCCUUUUUCAUAGCAUCCCAACUUUUUUGGGAUGAGGGUUGUUUAUUUUUGCCAUUCAUUUGACAAAGUCUCAAGUUUUCAGUAAAGAAACAUAUUCUUUACUGUCUUCACUUACUUGUACUAUCUUGUCAAAGAUCAAUUUCUACAGAAAACCAUCCACCCCAGGCUACAAUAAUUUGUCCCUAAAAAUGUAAUAUCCUUGGACAAUCAUAUCAAUAGUCACACUUGGAGUAAUGUAACUGCUGCACCGCUCUGUUAUCCAUGAGCUGGAUCUUAAUCUGGUUUGGUAAAUUAUUACAGCACUGUUCUCCCCGCUGGAGCGCUUUCUUUCAGAGUCAGUUUUGCUCGAGUAUCAAAGUACAAAUGAACAAAUACUUUAUAACAUUCUAGAUGUUGUUUAACACAUCUAAAGUGAUUUGCUGUAUAAAUAUUGCAUAACUGAUUGGUGCUUAUCCAGGGGCAGUGUCAACAUUAAUGGACAGCGCCUUUGUGACCUUAAAGGGUUGUAACUUUUAUUGUUUAAAGAGUUUUCUCCUUUUUCUGUCCCUGUGUAAGUUAUUGGAACAUAAUCUUUAUUAACAGAUAUGUUAGACAUGCCAAAACGUCAUCAGUUGGUUUGAUAACUUUCCUAGCCUUGUCUGUCUUUGAAAGUCUGAUUUUCUUGGCUAAAUGUUGUGAAAAUCACAAAUUAAAGAGGAGAAACACAUAUUCCAACAAACCUCUUUUUCAUUAUCCUGUCACUGGUUUUUGUUUUGUUGCGGUUUCUAAGAAGCACCUUGAUGUACCUUACUCUUUGUUUGCAGGACCUGUAUUUGGCAACAUGAACAAGUUUGUUGGACUUGGCAUAUUUGUGGACACUUACCCCAAUGCUGACAGGAACCAUGAUGUGAGUGAGUCGAUCAGACUGUUGCCCCUGUUUCACCUCAGGGUUUCCUGUACUGUUAGUAUUUUCAUAGAAGGGUAGAUAAACAUGACACACACACUUUGAAAAGCUUUGAAUCAUUGAUCGUAUUAGCCUUGCGUGGCCUCUGAGUUUCAGCGGGUUUAAAAUGUCAUGUUUCUCUUUCUGCAACCCCUUUGAAUAAGCAGAGGACACAACCUGGAACCCAGGUAGCAGCUGUGAGUUUGUCAUGGGCUGUUGGGAUGAGAUGUUUGUCUAUCAUCUUCAUUUGUUCACUGUCUCAUGGUAUCUCAUCACAUGAGUUGGUUUGCUUCAUCAGUGCUGUCUACUGUGACUCUACAGCAGUGUUGUUUGUUAGUUUGAUAAAAUUGUCACUAAGACCAGUGUCACUAAAGCGACAACACUCCUCUGUAGUUUUUUUUUGCAUGCAAGCCAGACAAUGAAACAUUCAUAUUGGACUAGUGCAAUUCAAGACCGGUAUCCAUCACCUCUCUUUUUGUUCUUUUUAGUAGUUAAGGCCAGGUAUGUUCCAGGUAUGCUUGUCAUACAUUUCUCUUUUUUUCUUCCUCAUAGAGAGCGUUCCCAUAUGUAUCAGUGAUGCUGGGGAACGGGACUAUACCAUAUGACCACGACUCUGAUGGACGAUCCACCGAACUCGGAGGAUGUUCAGCCAUGACCCGCAACGCAAUCUAUGACACAUUUCUGCUCGUCAGAUACUCCAAAAAGAGGCUCACGGUAUGAACCUCUGAUAUAAGAUGGGAUUAAUAAAGGAUGUUUACAAAGAUGAUACUGGUUCAUUUAGAGCAAAACUAUGCAAUAUGAUUCAGUGAGUAGAAAUUGAUCAGGGUAUCUUCUAGGGCUGGGACGAUAUACUUUUCUCCCGAUUCGAUUCCUCUACGAUUUUUUGGGAUGCCGAUUCGAUUCAAAUUGCGAUUUUUACGAUAUUGUCGAUUUUCUCGAUUUUUAGUCAGUUUUUCUAACACCAGUGAAACAGUUGAAUGAUUAUAAACUGUCUACUGACUAUUCCAGGAACCAUAUUCCCCCCACCCCAAAAAAAAUAAAUGACAUGUAAGUCAGUUUUGAAGAUUUAUUCUAAAAUUUGAAGAAAAAAAAAAAAGAUUUUUGAACAUAAAAAUCAAUUUAAAAUUGUAAAACAAAAAAUCUUAUGUGAAUUAAUUUUUUUCUCCAACUUCUAGUAUCUGCAGGGUCUUAAAAAGCCUGAAAAUGUCUAAAAUUCUCUUAAAAUCUCAUAAAAUCACUUUAAUACAAUAUUGAGAGGUCUUAAAAAUGUUUUAACUGAAUAAAUAAUGUGCCAUAGUGAUAAAGAUUGAUUUGAAGUUAAGUAAAAUGUUCUGAUCCCCCUUCAUGUCUUAAGUACUUUUUUGUCGGUAUGGAUGUCAAAUGGGUCUUAAAUUGUAUUCACUAGGGUCUUUAAAAAGUCUUCAAUUUGACCUGUUGAAACCUACAGUGACCCUGUUGAUACACUCAUACUGUUUUAGUCGACAUGUGAAUGCACCUGGAGCAGCGGGAAUACACUGGUAUGAAAGUGAUAUCAGGCUGUCCUUUAUGGUAGAUUAAUCGUGGAAAACGAGGAAGUGACAGCAUGACUAAUUUUAGGUCACAUGACUGAAAUCACAUGCCUUGCGACUCGACUAUUAAGAAUGUGCAGAGUGCACUUGUAAUGAUCAACGGAUCUCUUGUUUAGCCCUUACACAGGUGGCUUGUGGGAAUAAGAAUCAAUGCAAUGACUGAAUUAUAUAUUUUAGGAAAAUCCUGUAAUACCAAUGAGAUACUUCUACAAAAUCACAGAGAAGGCAUAAAAAUAUUGUUGAUUCUAGUUAGGUUGAAGAAAAACAUUUUAAAGGUAACUUUUAACAGUAUUUGGUUCUUAAUCUGUCUGCCUUGCUGAUCAUUUCCCUGCUCUUCAGGUCAUGGUGGAUGUAGAUGGUAAGCAGCAGUGGAAAGACUGUGCCGACAUCACUGGACUGCGGCUCCCUGACGGCUACUUCUUUGGUGCUUCUUCUGCCACUGGAGAUCUGUCAGGUAUAAAGACUUUUUAGGAGGCAGCUUUACAACAGUGAGCUAUUUUGUCAUUCAAACGUUGUAAAAUAUACAUUUCAAUCAAUCAAUCAAUCAAUCAAUCAAACUUUAUUUUUAAAGCACUUUUCAUACAGUGCUGUCCAUUCAAGCAGGAUAUUAAAAACAAUGAAAUAAAAUAAAUCAAAAUACAAAUACCUAACCCCACCCACCCUCCCAACCCCCAUUCAUCACAUACGGCACUUACACACUCACACACACAGAUACAUACACAAAAGACCAGGUGAGGACUCCUUAACUUGCCACAGAUGACAGAGGAAACGCUAUCUUGAGUUAAAAGAAAUGAGGAAACACCGGAUCUAGGAUAAAAAACCAUAAAACCAUAAUAAGAUAUAAUAAAGGUGAUGAAGCAAUUUGAUCCUGUUCUCAGGGAAAAUGGGUUACAAGAAAUUCAAGAGAAUAUUACCUUUGAAACCCAAAUUCACUUCCCUCUCAGACUCCAUGUUUGUCAAACUGAGGAGGAAAUACGGUGUCAUUUCUAUGUGAAACCUUUCCUCUACUUUGUGCGUGUCAUUUUGCUUCCUGCUUCUCCUGCUGUGCAGACGUCUCUCUGCUUGCUCUUGCCGCUUGAGCUUUAAUCAUUUCUUAAUGACUUUUUAAUCAUCUGGCUAGUCUUGGUUUUGAUUUUACUCUUCUCUUUUAAGUAAACCAAGAUUUUUAAAAUCAUUUUUGUGCUUUUUACUGUACUUUUUACUUUACCGAGUGACUGGAUAAUACAGCUAACCAGCACUAAGAUGCCCCCCUUCAGCACGGAUGAUUACCACAAACUGCUUCCGAAAAUUGCAGUGCUAGAGACCAGAAUCAACCAGUUAGAAGCAAACGUGGAUAGAAACGGACGAUGCGGGAAUGAAACAACAUCUUGUGACCAGGACCAUCACACACAGCUGAUCACUAUCAACCAAGAAGAAUACGGAUCCUCCAAUGCCUCUUCUUCGGAUUCCCUCGGCGCUAAACCCAAAUCAUCUCACUGGAAUUUGGGAGUAACAAGCAGAGCCCAGCGCCCUGAGAUCUGUGAUGAGACUGGCUGGCCUAAACUAUCUUCAACACCUGUCCAGCGUAAGAAGCAGCCGUGGAUAGCUGCCAAGGCAGGCCCUAAAAUCAAAAACAAUCUCCCCCAGCAGCAGCCAUCCCUCCCACUGCACAACAGAUUUGCUCCACUGUUAUGGAAUCCUGGAUCCUCAUCUCCGCAUAGCAGGGUAAGAUCCGAGAGAAAAUCAAAAAACAGGGAACCUCAAACAUUGAUUGUGGGUGAUUCUGCUAUAAAAGAUAUACAAAACAUGAGCAAAAAUAGCAAAGGUAUUCAUCAGUGGCCCCCUUCCACCAAUCAAAAGAGGAGAUAUGAGAUUUAGCAGACUGUUUGCCCUGAGUCGAUGGCUAUCUACUGCCUGUACCAAAGUCAACUUUAUUGAUAACUUCAGGCUGUUCUGGGACCGCAGGCAUUACUUCAGAGCAGACGGACUCUCUCUAAACAAAGCUGGAGUGAAACUAUUCACCUCCAACCUGUAUCACUCCCUGCAUCACCCAUCUGUCAAGAACAAGAGACAAGAGGCCAAAAGACAUGAGAUAAAACACCACGGCCUUGACAGAGAGACGCCUUGGGCCCCCCCGUGCACAAAAAGCUUUGGUUCAAGCCAGAAGGAGGAGUCUGUACUUCCUCUACCACCACUCUCCUUAGAGGACCCACCCUGCUCAAGCAAGGAGGAGGAAUCUCUACUUCCUGUAUGCCCACCUACCGAGGAGGACGUACCCUGCCAAACUCCACCCAUAACAUCUUUCUCCCUGGGCGCACCAUCCCCAUCCCCAUCCUCCUCCCUCCUGGACUUUCCAGCUGAACUGAGAGAACUGGAGAACUGGAGCAGCAUCCUCUCCCUCAGCGUGAUAAGAGCACAGGACUAACAGUGUGGAUCACCUCGUUCUCAAUAAGCUCUUGCUGAUAUGUUUUGGGUCCAGGCAAGGAUAACUACAGUUAUAUCUCUUCCCAGGACAGCCUGCGGCCCGAUGAGAUAACGUCAUCAAUCCCAGUCAUAAUAAGUAAUAGACAUAUUAAUCUGCCUAGGAACAGAAGGUACCUAACGAAGAAUUUAUCAAACUUAGCCUCCAUCCCCGGUCAGCACAUCAUGAAAAACAGUACAGAUAAUUUCUCUAGCACACUACACUCAGCUCUUUUAAAUGUCAGAUCUUUAGCUGGAAAAUCAUUCUUAAUCAAUCUUAUCAUCAAGCACAAUCUCAACUUAAUGUUUUUAACUGAAACCUGGUUAGAACAAAAUAACAGUGCAACUGUUCUUAUCGAGUCAGCCCCCCCUAACUUCAGCUUUAUGAGUGAAACGAGGAAGCAUAGAAAAGGAGGUGGAGUAGCUAUCUUAUUCAAGGACUCAAUGCAGUGUAAACAGAUGUAUUAUGGGAAUUUUCCUUCCUUUGAAUAUGUGGCCUUCCAAAAUUCAUUUCUGAUCUGCUGGUACGUUACGAACCAUCCAGACCGCUCAGAUCAUCAGGAGCAGGUCUGCUCUCUGUCCCCAGAGUCAGAACUAAACGUGGAGAAGCAGCUUUUAGUUUUUAUGCUUCUCAUAUCUGGAACAAACUCCCUGAAAACUGUCGGUCUGCUGAAACUCUCAGCUCUUUUAAAUCACAGCUGAAAACCCAUAUGUUUGCCGUGGCCUAUCAUUAAAUCAAACCUGAGGCCUCUAAACAACAUUUUCAUCAUUUGUCUGUCUUGAUCUUUUUUUUUUCUCUCUCUCUCCAAUCUAAGUUUUGUUUUCUUUUAUCUCCAACCUUAUUUUAGCUUUGAAUGUAACUUUUAAUUUGUUAAAUGUCUUUUACGCUGUUUUUACUUUUCAGAUUGUUUUGAAUGUUUUGCCUGCUUGUUUCAUGUAAAGCACCUUGAAUUGCCCUGCUGCUGAAAUGUGCUAUACAAAUAAACUUGACUUGACUUGACUUGACUGCAGAUAACCAUGACAUCAUUUCCAUGAAGCUGUACCAGCUGACAGUAGAGCAGACCCCGGGGGAGGAGGAAGAAGAGGAGGUCACUAUCCCCAGCGUUGACAACAUGAAGCAGUUUCAAGGUAUUUAUAGCAUUAACCAGUCCGCUUUGAGACACAUUUUUAAAUCCUGGAAGUAGCUAGUUAGUAAGGUUGGAUUGUUUUUUGAAUCAUUAUGGUUAGGUUAUUUAUGAACCAAAACCACCACUAAAACGCUCUCUGUCCUGUAAUCAUAACCAUAAAUCUCACAUCUUCUUACUUUGUAGUUGAUAUCCAGGAAGAGGGGAUGAGCGGAGUCCAGUUGUUCUUCACCAUCCUUUUCUCCAUCAUGGGCUUGGGUGUGCUGGCAGUGGUAGGGCUGGUGGUUUACGGGCGCUGGAAGGAAAAUAGACGCAAGCGAUUCUACUGA